UCUAUCGAAAAUUUCGUUAUAUCAACGUCCUCGAUUUUCUUCAUUCUGACCGGUACCAUCGCAUACAAUCGACUUCUUCCGUUAGUUUUAAAAAGCCUCUAUCUAUAUGGUGGAUGGCAGUCGAGCACACGCCUUAUGUAUGCAGUAUAGUGUAUAAUUCUAUGCCAAUACCACAGUUAUACAAUGCGGUGUGUUAUUCUUAUUUGGGUAACGUUUUGGGGAUUUGCCCUGUCCAGACCUCAAACUCAACCCAGAUUGGAGACCAGAACUGAAACUCAGCCCCAAGUAGAAGACACCACAAAAAUAACUCUAGUGCCAUUUUACGGUGGUGGCAAAGGCCAAUCCCUGCAAAUAACUGCAACAGCCGAAGGCGCCGUUAUUUCCGCCAUUAUAGUGAAAACUCCGGAUCAACCAAUUGUUGAAAUGGAACAAACCGAAAUCGAAAAAGAAAUCGACCCAACUGAACUUGAAAAUCCCCCAUUGCCCACCAAAUUCGAAACCGAACUCUAUGAAGGGUACGAAGGUUAUAUCAGAACUAUACAAAGUAGAGCAAAUGACAUUGUUAAAUUGCAGGAGAUUGCAAAAAAGAAUGGGCAACUUACUCCCGAAGAGGAGAAGGCGUAUGCAGAGCACAUGAAAUCGAUUAAUGAGUCGGCAAAGAAGUUGGCGGAAAUUCAGGAAAGUCCAAAUUUGCUGACUGAGAGCCGAGAAGGGUUGAGUCAGUGGUUCGAGCGCAAGAAGGAUAAUACAAAGGAUAAGAACAAGAAGCGCGAGGAAGAGAAAAAGCGCAAAAAGGAAAACGAGGAAAAGGAGCAAAAGCGCAAGAAUGAGGAGAAAAAGAAACAGCAAGGAGCCCAGAAGGAGCAAGAGGAAGAAGAAGAUGAACAAGGGGAUGAUUCAGUCGCUAUCAAUUUGCCGCCGGAUGAUGCUUCUGUUGCUGAGGCCAAACCAGUCGGUCUAGCUGUAGCAGGUGUUGGGGGAGUAGCUGCCAGCAAACCCAUAGCGACAGCAGUAGUUGGACCAGGAGGACUAGCAAUCGCUCGUCCAGUAGCAACAGCAAUAGCAGGAGUUUCUCCCGAUCAGGCCCUAAUCCCGAUUUAUGGUGGCGAACUUCUGUCAGGUGCCCACAAAAAGAGUUCAAACAAGCAGGACCAGAUGAGCGAAUAUUUGAACAAGAUUAUUAGCAAAUACCAUCAAACUUGAUUGUGUUUUAUUCGAGGAAUAUAAUUAUUUUAUUUUU